AUAGGAAAAGGAAAAAAACGUCAAGGUAAAGAACGUUGCUGUCGAGAGUAUAGGUGUUGAUGGUCUGAGAUGGUAGUUUGACGGUGUUGAGCUUUGACACUUAAUAUAUAUUUCUUCUCGUACUCGUUAGUUAUGCUGAUAUAGCCAAGUUUCGUUAAAAUGACCCGACGUUGCCAAAUUGAUCUUUAGAAGGUGUUAGCGGACGUUGUUUCAGACAUGGCCCAACUUUUUACGGCUGUGCUACUUGCAGCGGUUAUUCAUCAUGAGUGCACAUCCAUACGAGCGUUUUUUCAACCAAAAUCUGAAUUGGCGCCCUGCCAGCAGCAGAGACGGGUCGGCCCCAGCGGCAAGAUAACCAGCCCGGGAUACCCCCUUUUCUAUUCAAACCACACUUCGUGCAGCUGGGACAUCAUUGGUCGUGUAGGGCAGGUCAUUACCAUCAGCUUCGACGAUUUGAAUCUGGGCGGUCCAGCAGACUGCGAGACCACGGCAUGCUGUGGUGGAACGUGGAUAAAGCUUGGUCCGACUCCAACCGGUGGGGAGAAGGUGUACUGUGGAAAGACUGUGCCCGAACCUUUUCUGUCUACAACUAGCGAAGUGUGGAUCAAGUUCCAUACCUCGCCACUCCAGGUUCCUAGGGGCCGUGGAUUCCAGCUGUCCUACACAGUUGGUGGGUUCACCCAGCAGUCAUGCAGGCCAGAUGAGUUUCAGUGCCUCAAUGGAAAGUGUGUUCUGCUGCAUUGGGCCUGCAAUGGCCACAUGGAGUGUGAGGACAACUCUGAUGAGCUUUACUGUGAUUGUCCUGAGGGGUGGCUGCGUUGUGCGACUGGAACAGGCUGUUACAGCCGAUCUGGGCGCUGCAAUGGCCAGGCUGAUUGCCCGGACUUCAGCGAUGAGCUCGACUGUACUUUUUGCGGUCCCAACCGAACGCUGUGCAGCCCGACGUCCACCACCUGCUACGACCCUCUCAACGAGCGCUGUGACAACAUCUUCCACUGUGAGAAUGGAGAGGAUGAACAGGGCUGCAUGUCUGGCUGCGAGCGGAAGAUCAUGUGUGCCUCGGGGGUUGGCUGCUACCGCGCACCAGACCGCUGCGACGGUGUCCCCCACUGCGUCGACCACUCGGAUGAAAUUGGCUGUGGACCCGACAAGUGCCGCUCGGAACGGGGUGCCUACCUGUGUGGAGAUGGAAGGUGCGUUCCGGAGGACUCUGUCUGUGACCGGGUCUCCGACUGUCCCGAUGGCAGCGACGAGUAUGGAUGCCUCCACAACAGCAUGAUAACGGCGGCCAUCAUUGGCUCGCUGUUUUUUGGCCUUCUGGUGGUGGUUGCAGUGAGCUGCUCUUGUCGUUUAUAUGCGCUACGACUGGCAGCGCAGCGACAGGAGGCAGCAGGAGUGCUUUCAGAUUCUCCGCCACACUUUGCGGAUGGUGCUGCAGCCGACUUUUGGUUCAGAGAACCGCCACCGCCUUAUGCUGUUGCCGUCGGAGAACACAGGUAUCCUCUGCCGCCAGAGAGCGUCAUAGUGUACGGUGGAGGAGCCCAGACGGACAUCACGGGCAUGUGCGGCAUAACGAGGAGCUCGCAGCGCCGUCCAAGGCGGGUGCGACGUCACCGCAGACGACCCCCGUCGCCCACGACCACGUCGUCGACCUCGCACGAUGCCGGGUCGUCUGAAGAGGCGCUCCAUCCACCCUCGCAGUUUGAGAACAGCGUCGUGUUGAGCGUCAACCCAGCUGCGAGUUCGAGGCGAAAGGUGUCGGCCGACUCUGUGCACUCGGAUGAAGGGGGCAGACGAGUGGUGUCUAUUGCCAUGGCCAUGGAUGCCGCCGUCAGCUGCGACGACACCCGGCCACUGAUUGACGACGACCGGUGUCCCAACUGAGAUCUAAGGUUUCCAGCCAGUGUUUUCCCCCAGAGGGCAGGCACGUGUGCACGCGGUUAAAUGUUUUGAGGAGGAACAACUCUGGUUGCGGCGGAACUCUUCUUUCGGUGCGGCUGGCUGCCGAACAGACCAGGGUAAUGGAUACGUCUGGGUCCAGCUGCGAGUUCUUGGAAGAGUGGAGCGGUUCUCAUAAUGGCGCCUGGAAUUUUGAGGGAGGGAGCCGAGGUGGGGAAUACUGUGUUGAAAGUGAGAUAUCGAGGAGGAAGAACUCUUACUUCAUGUUGUUAACAAAGGAUAGGAUUGUUGUCCUGUUGCGCAUUUCCACAUACUUGUGUUGUAUGUGGGUGUGUGAUUUCCUGUUAGAAAACUACACCCCAAUGUUUUUGUACCAUAUUGAAGCUGUAAUAUGCUUCUGUACAGAGAGAUACUAUUUUACGUUAACAUUAGUUGACUGCUAUACAUAUAUAUAUAAAUAUAUAUAUGGAACGUUCUGAGCCUAGAACCGGCUUUAGGUAAAAGCCGCUGUUCCGGCUUUGGGUGCUUUUAUGUUGUUUUCUUGACUUUACAUUUAUGACAUGCAUGAAUUUCUAUAAAAGUAUGCAUCACUCAGAGGCUUCUAUUCUCGGAGUUUUUUUGUUUUUUUUCUCAACUUCAGACUUCUAGCACCCUGAAUAUAAACUUUGCAUGACCCCAAAUUGAGUAGCCGGGCCAGGGGGUGCACUAUAUUUAUGGACAGUUUUUCAGUAUGUGCCUUGACAUGAAACAAUUUCCAUUCAUUGCUAAAAGAUAAGAUAGUGUGUUGGAAAAAUGCAUGCAUAUGAGCAGUAGCUCUAGAAAGAGCUACAACUUGGAUGCUUCGCAUCCUAGGCCAGACAUCUAUUUCGAGGUACACGGGCAUCCCAGGAAUGUCCUGAGCUGAGCUGACAGCUCGAACCUCCAACAAUGCUGCAUAGGGGUCUGCGUUAAAAUUAAAAGCGUUCAAUAACGAAUGCAGUGCAUCGUCAUUGUGCAGCUCUCCACAAAUGUUUUUUUUUUUUUGCUGUCAUCUGUACUGCAUUUUUGGGUUUCUCAUGUGUACCUCGCCCGCAUGAUUUUAUCAAAUUGUAUCUAUAAACAUUGCAUCUGUUGACUUCACUUCUAAAAUUGUACAGCACACAUUCAAAGGUCUGUGGGUGUAUACUAGCUAAUAUUUUGUGUACAUUCAACAUUAGCAAAGGAAGAUAAUUAAUUAUUUCCAUUGAAACUGUCAUCUGACCUUGAGAUUAUCCGCCAAGCUUUUGGAGCAUUUUUUUCUAUUCUCCAUAGAUGGUAUAACCCUUUCUUCGUGAAAGGGUUAUACCAUUUAUUAGAUACAUAAAGGGAACUUAGCUAUAUUUGAAACAUUUUGGGAUAAUGGUUGAUUUCAUUGAAAAAAACGGGUGUACAUCAUUAGUUUCUUGACAGGCUACACAUCUUUCGUGCAGUCUUUCCUUAGGCAUGAUCACAAACUGAAACCGGAACUUUGGUUGCAGCAGACAUUUGCUCCACAUCGUUGAAGACAUACUGUGCCACGUGGUACAAACAGUCCCAUGAUCCACCAUACAAAUUGGCACUGCACGAAUGUUGUCUGCUCCGCAGUAGGCUCUGGAAAGUUUUCUGUAGCCUGCACACAUAUCGAUCCUGAAAAACGGUCUAAGUUUGUAACCAAAAUGUUAUUGGGAUAGGGUACAUACAGUAUGUUGCAAAUAACCUCCAGGGCAACUUGUGUCGUGUGUUCACAAUGCUGCGCCCACUGCUGAGCGCACACGUGUCCUGCAAAUACUGGUUUACACUGCUGACACCAUCUGUGGGCUUUGUCUGGAAAAGUAAAAAUAACAACCAAAAUCUCUUUUUGAUGCAGUCGACUGUACCGCACAUUGCCCAACAAAUUUAUAAAAUUUUGUUAAUUUGGUACAUCUCUUCAUUGGCUAUCUAAAUGACCAUUUAAACAGAAUUGCAUUGUGACAUAACAAAAUUCAAGCUGAGUUGCUAUCAAAAGGAUGGUAAAUUUUAUUGGCUGUGUUCAAAUGGAUUAGUGCACUCCAUAUAUGGACUCGACAGUAGAGAGAGGUAUAUAUUCACAAUUUUAAAUUGAUUUCCAAAGCAGUUGCUGUGACAUGGAACUUGAGAAUGGCAUACAGGUGUCAUUUGAAAGAAGUCCCUUUUCUGUUGUCUGUUAGGCAGCAAUGUGCUAUGAUAAUUUUAUUGUGCUGCUUUAUCAAAUUAAUGUGUAACACUUCAUGUUUAAAAUGACAUUAGCCCAUUAAGGACAUUAAAAGGUUCAUUAAAUAAACAAACGAGGACAAGCUAGUUUAAUGACAAUUUCAAUUUUGCCCCUCCGUCUCGACAGUAUGGGUAGCACGUCUUUGAAGUGCAAGAAUUUGGCGUCGGGGAGCGAGUUAUCUGAAGUUUUGAAGAAAAUUGGCCACGGGUAAUCCAUUCUUUUUGCUAGGCUUUCUUUUAACAGCCGUGGGAGGUGUGGCAAGCGCUACAACCUUUCUCCAUUUGAUUACUAUCUAACCCCUCUUUGAGAUGGAUGUUAAUAUUUCAGACUCAAUUUUAAAGAUUCUAGACCAUGAAGGCUUUCUUAGGGUCGACGAAGUUGUAACUUGUUGGUCAAGCCAAGCAAUAAAACCUUUUGUUGUCAUAUAUAAGAGAUAUGACAUUUUUGUGUGAUGUUCCUUGUAUAUGACAACAAAAAAACUCCAUUUCAAACUCGCUUAAAUUGUGUCAUGCCGGUCUCCUGAUGUUGCCAUCAUCCCAUACCCCUUGCCAUGGAUGGAGUCUACCCUCGCUUGUUUCGGUCCAUAAGGAAUCCCCGAAAAAGCGGUGGUUAAAAUUUGGUUCUAAACCAUACAAUGUGAAACCACUGAAUUUUUUAAGUCCUUGAACAACUAGCUCUUGAUUAAUGCAGCAGUGAAGACAGGCUCCAAAACCCUUUUACUGGUCCUUGUAGGAUUAUCUAAAUUACUUGCAUCUAAACAAUGCCUGAAAUAUUCCUACGCUGCCACCACUCCUACUAGUUUUUCCUAUCAAUAUGCAUUUUAUUCUCAUUUGAUGUAUUUAGUUACAAUUUCCAAAGACUUAAUCUUGCGGGAGAAUGCAUCUACAUGCUGCCUGGUAUGACAGCAAUGUUUUUUCUGUGGAAAAGCUAAACUAUCGCCGCAGCCUGAAGUGAAUUGUGGCGGGCGAUACAAACUCUAUACAUCACUGUGGGAACUUCAUGCGACUGAGUGCAAGUUGCAUGACAGGAUUUUAGCAUUGGAUUGUCUUGCAAUCUUUGCUGUGCUCUGCUUUAGGGUGAGACAAAAUGUUGUUUUAGCUAAACAAGGAAAAUGAAAAGCAUCAAGAAAGACUUGCACAAAUGCUACUUGCGAAGUGGAUGUGGUAAAAAAUAAACGCCAAAUUCAAACAUGAGAUUUGUGGUAAAAGUUUUACAGCUAAAUAUAUACUUAACUUUUAAAUGACUAACAAGUUUCACAAUAAAGCAAUUUUUCUUUUGUGGGAAAGAUGGAAAAUUUGGUAUGAAUGUUUGAAAUUACACAGUCGAUGGUGUUUCAUUUCUCUCGUGCACAAGUCUUCAACCAGGUCACAGAGUUUGAAAUAGUUUCAAUCCAAUCUACUGCAACUAUCAUGACAUCUACUCGAAUGCCUUUCAGUCUGUUUGUCUCAAUUCAUUUUCUCCCCCGGGGCAAUGGCUUCACUUCCCGAUUCCCUUUCUCUUAUGUUACAGUAUAUUACAAAAGCUGUGGAGCAAUAGUAAUGGUAGGUUAGAGAUGGGAAAAUUGUCAUUUGCGAGCCAUUUACUAUGGUAGUGGCUACAUCAGAUAAGAAGUGAGCAGGAGUGGGCGUUCAGGGCAGAACCUGCAGUCGUGUUGCCGAGCUAUUUUCUAGCAGAACGAGUAGUCGGACAAAACAAAAUUUCUUUCAGCAUAUCUUUUUAUGUACUAGUACAAGUCUUGUUAACAUUAUGCAUAUGGCAUAAACAUGGCAUUUAAGAAGGUCACCAUUGAAGUGUUAUAACAAAACUUUGUUGUUAGCUACACUAAGAUGGGCAUUUAAACUACCUGCUGGUAUGGGAAAAGCUAUUUUGGCACUGCAUGUGCACAUUAUCCUGUACUACAGGUCUAUUUUAUUCUAGAAAGUGUGCAUACUGCAACAUUUCGCAGCAUGUGCUUGCAGUGGCCCAGAAUUCUUGCAAUAGCGAAUCGACAGCUGAAUUGCCCCAAUUAAAUUCUCUAGCCAAGUGCAGUGCUAUGUUUGCAACUUAGCUCUGGUUGUACUUAUUGUACCCAAGAGGAAAUAGUAUUUGCGGAACAAGGCAAGAAUGAUUUUUUUUAAUGUCGAGAUAGGAAAUUGUCAAGUUCAGAAUUAUUUGUUGCACCAAUAGUGCAUCCUCACUUCACUAUAGGAAGUUCCAAGUAGCAGAGUGCCUUAAUGAUUUUAUGCCAGUUUGGUUAUUCCACACACCUCGUGUAUGUGGAGGUUACGUCAAUUUGAACCUCCAUCAUGGGAGGGAGACCUUGCUGUCACUUCUGUUCCACUCUUGUUUGAAUAUGUGUUGUAUAAAAACAAAGGAUUUAUAUAAUAAAUGUAUAAUAUGCAUGUUUCAAA